AAAACAAAAACGCUAAAAACAUUACCGGUAGUUUUCAAAUCAUAAUAUACGUAUUGUGAAACGUUAUUAAACCGCGCAAAUAUUCACAAUGGAAGAAAUUCAAACUCGUUUAGGGAAGCAGUUUGAAUUGAUCAAUCGAAUAGAAGUGUUUCUCGAUUUACAUGCUUGUAAAUCACACAUUCUUCCACAACUUAACGAAUUGCACCUAUGUUCCCGCCAAGGUUCAGCAGCAGUUGGAGGUGCGAAGAAGGCUCUCGAGAUCUUCCGAAGAGAGAUUGGUCCUAAAUAUGCCACAGUAAUACGAAAGAUGCGCCGAAAUGAACUGCUGCUGUUGGAUUUACUGGAACAACUUGAAACUAGCGGAGGCAGUAAAGUUAUCCAAGAUAAGAAUGAUAACGUCGAAGGGGGUACUCUUUCGAGCAAGCAGAUGCAAUCGAAUCCUGGGCACGGAUUGAGUUUGAUGACGGCAGAGAAAAUAUUUCUUUCUGAAUAUCAGAAUUCUCCGUUUGUGACUAAAAUGAAACCGAGAUGUUUGUCGUUUUUGGACUUUAACAUCGAUAUUCUCGAAGAGGAUUUUCAACAAAUCCCAAAGUAUAUGAGAGGUCGAGAAACUUUGGAUGAAUUGGCUGAAUUUUUGAAAUCGGUGAUUCUGUCUUGUUUUGAAGAAAAGUACUCUUUAAUGUAUAAACAAAAGAAAGCUGUAACAAGCCAGCAAGAUUUAGCUUUAUGGAAGAUAUACAACCAACAGCAAGAUGUGUUUCCAAAUAGUAAAUUCAUUACACAAGGCGACAUCGCUAGGAAAAUGGGAAGACUGAUCGAUAAAAAGAUAAAUGUUAAACUUCAAAUGUUGCGUCAUUUACACAUUCUACAGGAGACCAGAAAUGGAGGCACCGUAUAUUAUUUAUGGAUCCGUGGAUGAUAACUGUCUGUAAAAACAAAAAAAAAAAGUACAAAUCUAUUAUUAUUUUAUUGCAUCUACAUUAAGAAAUAAUGAAUAUUGAUUCUAACACGUAAUUUAUUUUAAGUAAAAAACAAGAAGUGGGUUAUAUCUUUGAUAUAACCGCAAAGUAGACGUAGAACUACCGCUAUCUGGCUAAUUAUUUUCUUCAGAUCGCACCGUUUUGCCGUUAAAGGUAUCUUUAAAGUAUUUUCAAGCAAAAUGUUUUCAUACAGUACUUUCAUCCGGAAGAAAUACACUCCAAAAUGCUCGAAAUGGCCCGAAAGAUGCUUCCGGAAGGAGAUUCAAAACGUCGGAUUGUGGCAGACCUCGGUAUUUCUGAAGCAGCUCUGAUGAAGAGGUUCUUAUUUUUUAAAUAAUUCUGUGAUUUGAAUCUUUCUAUUAUGGACUUCUCAACUUCUGCAAUGAUGUGUCAGCGAGUACCUUGGGCGGUUCGGGCCAAUAUUUAAGAGUGAGCAGUCUGAGAAACAGGCCCACCAUUGCAGAACAUUGGACUAAGCGAAUCGAUGGUUCUUGGUGUUUGUUUUUGCGGAAGACAACAAAAUCCAGCAUGAAUCCAACCAGGUUACACAACAGGCACGGAACGAUUAGACAUUUGGCUUCAUGAGAAUGCAUCGUGUGUCUUUUAGAAACCUACUCUAAAUCAACCAGAAUCGUGGGAUUCAACAAGGAACAAGCCAUCAAUAUCCCACCCCCUCUUAGAUUAUGCCUUCACGCGCUACUAAUGAUAAAUAAUUGAUUUUUGUUACAAGUUAUCUCAAGAUUUCAAUUCAAUAAGGCGUGAUACACAAAUUACGUAACGCUAAAAAUGCGGUGACAAAAUCAUAGGAUAGGUUCCGGGGUCGGACAAGAUUAAAUUCAACUUGUUGAGGAAUCUUCCCGACUUGGCAAAACAGCGUUUGCUGAACUUGUUCAACAAGUUUCUGGAGCUGAAUAUUGUCCCGCAUGACUGGAGACAAGUGAGAGUGAUAGCCAUACGGAAACCCAACAAGCCGGCUUGUGAUCACAACUCGUAUAGGCCGAUUGCAAUGUUAUCCUGUAUUCGUAAAUUGUUAGAGAAAAUGAUUCUACUUCGUUUGGACAAGUGGGUCGAAACGAACAAUUUGCUGUCAGAUACGCAGUUUGGCUUCCGCCGAGGUAAAGGGACAAAUGAUUGUCUAGCGCUGCUAUCUUCUGAAAUCCAAAUCGCAUUUGCUCGCAAAGAACAAAUGGCUUCCGUUUUUCUCGAUAUCAAAGGGGCAUUUGAUUCAGUUUCCAUGGAAAUUCUCUCAGAGAAGCUUCAUAAUCGUGGACUUUCACCUAUUCUCAACAAUUUACUGCCAGAAAAGCACAUGAUUUUCUCUCAUGGCUUCUGCAAUCCCUCUGUCAUUUUUGAUCUGUCCAUGCGACAAAAAAUCCAUGGAAUCCCAGAUCAUCUACGCUCCGAUUCUAUUCUGCCGAUAUUUUCGGCAGAAUAUGGGAAAGUUAGAUCUGAUAAAAUGUUCUUUACUGACGGUUCAUUCAGAAACGGGUCCACUGGCUUCGGCAUCUUCAAUGAAAAUUCCAGUGCCUCUUUCAAACUCAAAGAUCCUUGUUCCGUGUAUGUCGCUGAACUGGGUGCGAUAUAUUACGCAUUAGGGAUCAUUGAAACAUUGCCCAUCGACCACUAUUUUAUUUUUUCAGACAGUCUCAGCUCAAUAGAGGCAAUCCGCUCAAUAAAAG